AUGAUUGUGAAUGUUAUUUCCUUAUAUCCUGUGAUAUGCAAGGUUCUUGAUAAGAUUGGAGAUGUAUCUUCAAGUUCGGAUAACCGGCUAAAAGCUGAUGUUGUUGGUUAUUCACUUGAGUCUUUUGAUUUUAUAUUCAUGAUACAUUUGAUGAAGACUAUUUUUGGUGUGGCAAAUGAUUUGAAUAACGCUUUACAAAGAAAAGAUCAAGACAUAGUUAAUGUUAUGCCGUUGGUGACAUUGACCAAACAACAACUAAAACAAGUAAGAGAUAAUGGGUGGGAACCUCUCUUAAGUUCAGUCAUAUCCUUUUGUGAAAAAACUUGCAUCAAAGCUCCUAAUAUGGAAGAUGUAUAUGUCCCGAAAGGUAGAAAAAAACGUGGCAAACUACACACCACAAAUCUUCAUCAUUUUCGAGUUGAAGAAUUUGUUGCGAUCAUUGAUUUGCAACUUCAAAAGUUGAAGAACCGAUUUGACAAGAUUAGUAUGGAUUUACUUGUUAAAAUGGCUAGUUUAAGCCCUGUUGAUGGUUUUUUUUAG